ACGUCAUGGCGGAGGGUUAAAGGUCGGCCCUGGUAGCCUAGGCGACGGUGGAGGCGCCCAUGAGCGAGAGGCCGUGAACGUAACGGAGAGUGUCUCUCUAAGUCUCUGCACGGAGAGUUUCUCUACUCGGAGUCUCUGCACGGAGAGUUGUCAGCGAGUGUCUGCACAGCGCCGCACUGUGUCACCCUCCACACGGCGUCUCCUCAAAUCCGAGCAGCCAUGGAGAACGCAGACGCCAAGGAGAGGAGUGUGGAGGGGAACCCCAAGUGGCUAGAUGCACACUACGACCCCGUGGCCAACCUGUACACCUUCACGUCAUGCAUGGCAUUGGCAGAUCUGCAUGGAGAUGGAGACAAUAAGUUGGUGGUGGCCGACUUGGGCACGGGCGCGUACAGCAUGAAGCUGCGCGUGUUCCGCGGCACGGCGCCGCUCGUAGAGAACACCCUCAUCGACCUGCCCACCGGCGUCGCCACCUUCUUCAUGGACACCAACGAGCCCCGCUCGCCCGCCAUCGCCGUCGCCUCGGGUCCCUUCGUGUACGUCUACAAGAACCUGCGGCCCUACUUCAAGUUCACCCUGCCACCACUUGAGGUCAACCAGCUGGAGAUGGACCUCUGGAUCCAGGCGAGAGAGGACAAAAUCGACUACAUGGCUCUCAAAGAAAUGCUGGAAAACAUACGGAGCAAAGGAGACGUCCCUCUUACUGUCAGAUCGCUAAAGUUCCUCAUGGUGGAGCCUCAGGAGAUGGCAGCCUUCGCUGCCGUUCACAAACACACGCCACUCAAGCGCCAGACAGUGAUCACGUGCCUGAGCACGCUGCGGAAGAGCCUGGCGGAUGAAGACGCUGUGAGCUGCCUCGUAGUGGGCACCGAGAGCUCUGACAUCUUUGUGCUGGACCCCGAGGCCUUCACUAUCCUGGCCAAAAUGAGCCUGCCCAGUGUACCCGUCUUCGUGGACGUAUCCGGCCUCUUCGACGUUGAGUUCCGAGUGGUGGUGGCUUGCCGCAACGGCAACGUCUACACCCUCAAGCGGGACUCGAAGAAGCCGCGACACUGCAUCGAGCUGAGCUCGCAGCCCGUGGGGCUUGUGCGCGUCAACAAGAAUGUGGUGGUGGGCUGCAUGGACGAGAGCCUGCAGGGAUACACGCAGAAGGGAAAAAGGUUGUGGACUGUCAACUUGCCGGCCGCCAUAACCACCAUGCAGCUCAUGGACCACAAGGGCCGAGGCUUCAAAGCUGUUCUGGUGGCCAUGGUUAACUCCGAGGUGCAUAUAUACCGGGACAAGUACCUCGUGAACAUCAUCAAAACGCAGGAUGUAGUGACCAGCGUCUGCUUCGGCAGAUAUGGCCGGGAGGACAGCACAUUGGUCAUGACCACCAAGGGUGGUGGCCUGGCCAUCAAGAUUCUAAAGCGCACGGCAGUGUUUGAGGAGAAGGACGCCACUCUGGGGCCCCCUGUGGCGCAGAACAUCAAGCUCAACGUGCCCAAGAAGACCAAGCUCUACGUGGAUCAGACGCUACGCGAGCGCGAGUGUGCCGUUUCCAUGCACCGGGUGUUUCAAACGGAUCUGUAUCGCCUGCGUCUGGAGGCUGCACGUGCCUACAUGAAGGCCCUGGACUCCUGCCUCGCGCCCGUCUCCUCCAGCCUCGCCGAGCCGCUCAAAUUGAACGCCACGGUGCAGGGCAUUGGCCCCAACUUUAAACUGACGCUGAACUUGCAGAAUACAUCGCCAAGCCGUCCCUGCGUGGGACUCUUUGUCUGCUUCUCAUAUGAUGAGCGCCUGUACUCUAUGACUCAAGCCUUCUUCAAGCUUCCAAUGCUGGUUCCUGGACUAAAUUACCCAAUCGAGACCUUUGUGGAGUGUCGUAGUGACCAAGGCAUCUCUGACAUCAUUAAGGUGUUUGCAGUCCGUGAAGGAAGCAGCAUACCAAUUCUGACUGCUCAUAUCAAUAUGCCGGUCAGUGAGGGCCUGCCUUUCUCCUAAGCAGAGGGGAUAUUUGAGUGGUUGUCACCACUCUUAUGCCAUCUGUGGUUGUUCCAGCCACUUUCAGUCACUAUCAAUGGGAGGUGAUUGUCAUGAACCUUAGAUCAUUCAGUUAUACUUAAUUCCUAGGUCAGAACUUCUUAGAUGCUGGCUUCAAGUCCUGGAUUAUUACCGACACCACGCAGAGGUCACCAUGUGGCAAAUUCGACGGUCUGAGUCCUUUUGGCAGUGAUUGUCCGGAAAAAAACCCCAAUAUGCUUUCAUACUCAAUUCUGCCAAACCAUACGCUGAUGAUGUAUGCAACAGUGUUAGAACUGUUGUUAGAACUGUUGCAUGAAAUUCAAUUUUCUGAAUUUCUGAAGAGUGGGUAAAUGAGAUGUUCCAUGACAGAUGCAAUUAUUUUUCUCUUUAUUAGAAUAAUUUUAGUGAUGUGAUGUUUUAUUAUGAUGCAUGCAAUUAUUGUUUUGCAUUUAAAAGACUUGUGUAAUAAGAUGAUCCUGACUGCACAAAUACAUCUUCUAAUAUUGACCAUUGCAUUAAAUUAACUAUAAAAAUGGUACGAUAAUUUCCAAAUCCUGUUAUUUGUGGCGCCCCUACGGUUCGCGGAAACUCCGGUCAUCCGACGCGGGCGAAUAACCUUACAUUUAUGAGUUUUUGCAAAUUAUUGGAUCUUUUUGGAGGGUGGCUCUACAUUUCUGUAAUCUGUAAAAAAGUUAGCGAUAAAAUCACAUUGCCCCGUGGAUUACAGGGUCUGCUAGACCCUGUAUAGAGUCAGCUCUCUUCCUUUCAACGCGAAACACAGCACAGGAUUUGUACAUUAACAUUUCAAAUGUGUACAAUAUUUUCUUCCAUCAGUGGCAGAGUGAUUUCUAUCCAUCAUAUCAUGCCGCGGGUCACGGUGAAUCUCGGUUAAACAAGGUUACGUUAGAGAAAACGGCACAAGCAACUUGUUUGUUUUACUUUUCUGCAUUUUUUUCCUUCUCAUCAGUCCUGAGCUUGAACGGCAGCCUUCUUUUUAUGCAACAUUUACCAACAUACCACUCUAUGCAGAGGCGCACACUGGCACCAGUAGGAAACAAAAAGCCCUUGCGCGUAUCGCUCCCAAGCUCAUUCCUGAGCUGCACCCUUUUCCCACGGCCCUACCAGCCAACCAAAGUCGAGCACUUCCCUUUGGUCAUUACCACGUGAUGAAUGGUCGGUUGUUGGGGUGCUAAGAGCACGUUAAACUCAGGAAUGAGAUGCCGCUUGGUUAAUGAUUCCAAUGGAAAUACAAAGUGUAUUUAUUUUAAUUUGAAUGAAAUAAGAUGUGUAGAAUAGUAUAUUUUAGACAUGUUUGUCAUUUUGGAAAUUGAACAAUUUAGCAAAUAGGGCAAAA